AUGGGUCUUUCAUUGAUUUUUGAGUCACGUGAUAAGGACAUUAUAGUUGAAGCAGACAUGUUGUGUUGGGUACUUUGGAAAGCUAGGAAUGAUGUGGAGUGGAAUCAAAAGUUUUCUUCAGUAGACAAGGUAAUGUUAUCAACUAGAACUGGUCUUGAUCAAUGGUUAGAUGCUCAGGAAAGAUGUUUGGAGUCGUCUUUGUCAUUUGAACGAAAUGGAAAUGGAAGAGAGCAUUGGAACAAGCCUUUGGCAAAUAUGAUCAAGAUAAAUGUUGAUGCUGCUACUUUUGUAAGUGAAGGAAAACAUGGGUUUGGGUGUGUGGCUAGGAACCAUGAGGAGGAGGUGAUUGAAGCUAUAGUAGGAUCCAAGGUGGAAAGGGUGAAGCCAGUGGAGGCGGAAGCAUUGGGGGUUAAGGAAGCAUUGAGCUGGAUCAAGCAAAAAAAUUGGCAGGCAGUAAUCAUUGAAACAGAUUGUCUUAAUGUUGUUCAGGUCAUUCGUACCACUACAGGAAUGGUGUCUUCCUUUGGGCUAGUUAUCAGUGAUUGUAAGGUCUUUCUGGGUAGCUUAUGUAGUGUUGAAGUAUUUUUUGUUAAACAGUCUGCAAACAAAAUUACUCAUUACCUCGCUAGAGAAUGA